CAUUAUGGAAUCAUUUUGCUGACUUUAAAUUAAAAAGACCAAUAAAGUUACUUGAGCAAUGUCAAUGAGAGGAUAUCUCAGAACGGCUUUAGGAGUAGCUGUUGUGGGCACUAUUGGGGUGAAUUAUCUCCAAUACCUUGCACAGAGGAAUUUAAAGGAGGAGGAAUAUUGUAAAGCAUCUGUGGAUCUAGCACGGAAUGAAAUAAGAUGUGUGCAGCUUCUUGGAGGUGCACCUAUUAAAGUCAAAAAAAUCAACUUGAAGAAAGUAGAGCGAAAUCCAACAGAAGUCAAGAUGGAAAUUCCGGUUAGUGGAAACACUCGUCGUGGAAUAAUCUACACAAUGUCCACCAGACGGGAUGAACAAUCAAAAUGGAAUCUUCAAUACGCCGUGUUUUCAGUGAAACAAAAAACCGAUCAGUGGACUGUGUGGCUUUACCCCAAAAUAGACAGUUUGGAAGAAAUUCCAGAAGCAGCCAGAGAUCUUCCAGUUCAGUCUCCAUAAUUUCACCUCAUAUCGCCAAUGUUCACACUCUACCGAGGAGCAGUACCUGAAGCGUGGAAGUAAUAUUGAAGAGUUGAUAACAAUAGGCCUUCUUACUUUUGAGUUAUAGGAGGUUUGAUAUUCGUGGAAAUGGUGGCCUUUUCGGUAUGACAAUUGCAAAAAAACAUUGCUAUUACUAUCUCUGUCAAAUACCCAAGAUUAGGUGCACGAAUUAAGAGGCGGGGAGUUCGUUGCAACCUUUCAUUACCUAUUUAUUUAUUAUCAACUUUAUAAAUUCUUGCUGACAACUUACAUUUUACAUGUGUCUAUUGUUUUCUCUCAUACAUGGUUUUCCAUCUGCUCAGAAGUGCUUACGAGCUUAUUGAAGUUGUGGUCUUGUUCUAUUUCAUCAUGGUCAGGGUGCCAUAAACUUGAGAGUAAUCUUUCCAUGCAUAAUCCAUAUACAGAAUGAGAUGGUAUAAGACGCUUGUUUUGCUAAAAUAUGAAAAAACAGUCACAAUAUAUAUAUUAUAAUUGCACAAGCCCACUGUUUUCACCUAUUCUUCCUAUACUUGAAAUUAUUUUUCAGAAUGAAAUAAAAGCAAUCUUG